AUGGGUGCGGUACCAGCAUACAGGCCACCGCCAGGCCUACGGACAAGGCUACACGACUUUAAGGAUCAUCUAAGUAGGAGAUACAAGGUCAAGUUAGGGAGCUAUGAGGACCUGCACAAGUUUUCCAUCACUCGUAUGAGCGAUUUCUGGUCGAGUUUCUGGGACUACUUCGAGGUUAUCGGAUCAGACAAGCCGGCGCAGGCGAUUGAUGAAAACGCGCGCAUCGAUGAAUUUCCAACGUUCUUCAAAGGGGCGAAGAUCAAUUUCGCGGAGAAUGUACUUGGCAGGAAACAAAGUGGCACCGCGAUCAUCAACAUGCGAGAAGAUAACAUGUGGAGCCCAGAGAUCUACACGUGGCAAGACUUGGAAGAGCUGGUGAAGAAGUACGCUGAUGCUCUGAAAGCAUCUGGACUACAACGGGGGGAGGUUGUCACAGUUGUUGGUGGAAACAAUGUACGAUCCCUGGCUCUGCUUUUGGCGACCGGGGCACUCGGGGCACUCUUUUCUUCGUUUGCGACCGAUAUUGGUGACAAGGCACUUGAGGAUCGUCUCAAGGUCCUCGAGCCCCGGAUCUUAAUUGCUGAGACGGUAUAUUCAUACAAUGGGAAGAGGAUCGACAUCAGCGGCAAGAUCGCAAACGCUUCCAGGAAAGUUCAAUUGGUGAACAGAAACUGCGAGCUUAUCGUAGUAGACGACGAAGGAUCGAUAUCAUCAUCAACGUCAAUUACUGCGUGCGUCACCUUCGAUACUUUUCUUGGUCGUGCAACAGGAACAAGAACAGCCAGACUCGAGUUUGAACAAGUCGAGUUUUCGACUCCCUUCAUCGUCAUGUUCUCUUCGGGAACCACGGGAGCUCCCAAAGGCAUCGUCCAUUCCCAUGGUGGUUUGGUCCUGAACGGACUAAAAGAACACGUUCUCCACCACAACUUGGGGCCGGACGAUAUGCAUUUUCACUAUAGUGGAAUCGGCUGGACUCUUUGGAACAUUUCACUCGGAGCUCUGCUUGCUGGCUCAAAGAUGGUAUUGUACGACGGCAGCCCAUUCUUUCCCAGCGCUGAGGGCUUUUUGAAGGCCCUCUUCUCUCACAGGGUGACAUCCUUUGGCGCUGGCCCGAGAUACUUUUCAGAACUGCAGAAACUCGGCUUAACACCCAGAUCGUUCGCUUCUCAUCUCCACACGGUCAUAUCAACCGGCGCCCUCCUCCCGGUUCCCCUUGCGAAAUGGCUGGUCGAAGCCUUCGGUCCAAUCUGUCAGAUCAACAUGUCCGGGGGUACUGAACUCUGCGGAUCUUUUGUUAACGGCACCCCUGCCUUGCCAUCGUAUCCGGGUCAAUGCUCGACUAAAGCCCUGGGAUGCGACGUUGCAGUUUUCGGGCCCGAUGGAACGGAAGUGGAAGAUGGACAGAGCGGAGAGUUGGUCUGUCGCCGGCCGUUUCCUAAUAUGCCAGUCAUGCUCUUGAAAGAUCCUGGCCGGAAGAGAUACUUGAACGCUUAUUUUGCGGGAUACCCUCAUGUUUGGACCCACGGUGAUUUUGCAAAGGUCGAUCCUGAGACUGGAGGCAUUUACAUCCUUGGACGAUCCGACGGCGUGCUGAAUCCUUCCGGCGUACGAUUUGGCAGCUCCGACAUCUACAACGUACUCCUCACGCCUCGAUUCUCGCAGUCCAUCUCCGACGUGUGUGUCGUCGGCCAACAGAGAAGCCUCGCUCCAUACUUUGACUCGGUCGAACGCGUCGUGCUCUUCGUCAAGUGCACACCGUCGUACCAGCAUUGCACACAUCAUCCCUGGAUCCUGGAUCCCGACUUGGAACACGCGAUCCGUGCGCAGAUAUCGCGGGAUCUCAGCAGGAGACAUGUUCCAACCUUCAUCUUCCGGGUCCCCGAGGUGCCGUACAAUGCGAAUGGCAAGAAAUUGGAGAUCCAGGUCAAGGCGACAGUGUCUGGUGGAAGGGAUGCUUUUGAAAAACUCAAGGCGACAGAAGAGGAGCGCAAGACGCUGGCUUGGUUUUUGCCGUUCUAUCAUAUUGAGGAUGUUGUGAAAGGGACUGAAAGACCGGUGGUGAAGUUAUAG